GCGACGAGAUGCCUCCUGUGACGGUGGCACCGGGAGUGAUAAUGAAGGUUUUCAGUAAGUGCCGGGAUGGAUGAGGAAGGUUCGCACUCAGCUCGGGCUGGAACAGUGCGCUGUUGUGCAUGCUGCGGCUCCGCCAUGGUGUCACCUCUGUGCGCUUUUCUCUCUGGUACCCGCACAGGGAACGCUGGCACAGGAGUGACACACUGGAAUUUUCGCACCAUUCAUCAUAGUGGAGCGAGGGGAUAGUAAGUGCUGACAUGGAGAAAGAGGGAGGCAGAGAAAUGCCAAGCGCGAAGGAGCGCAAAGACAAGAAGGAGAAACCGGCCAAGCUCUUCCGAAAGAAAUCACUGAAGGCUGUGGGGAGUUUCAUGAACAGAAUCAUUAAAACUUUGGGCACUUUUGCGCACUUUGGAGAUGAUGACGCGCAGGACGCGGAAGACGACGACGGGGGGUUUGGGAAUGGCGCACCAUGCGUCCUCAGCGCCAACUCAGGAAUGAUCAGAGAAGACGCACAGGAGCUCAGAAAUCCUUCUUCUCUGUGCAGCGGCAGAGAAAAGAUACUGGGUCACUACGGGGACAAAGUCCCAGGUGUCCUGGGCUUGAAAAACCACGGGAACACGUGUUUCAUGAACGCCGUGGUCCAGUGUUUGAGCAACACCGACAUGCUGGCGGAGUAUCUGGGUUUGGAAAAGUACAAGCUGGACUUGAGUCAGACGAGAGUGAACGGUCUGGUGAAAUGCGAAGAAACUCGGUUUGUUAAAGGAGAAGUUAUCGAACAGUUGGCAUCACUUGUCCGCGCGCUGUGGACUCUGGAAUACACCCCACAGCUGUCUGUGGACUUUAAGACUGUAGUGUCCAAGUAUGGGUCACAGUUCCGUGGCAAUUCCCAGCACGAUGCCUUGGAAUUCCUGCUGUGGCUGUUGGAUCGUGUCCAUGAGGACAUCAGCCUGGCCUCCCACAGCAACAACAGCAAGGCUAAUGUGAAGGACCCUGGUGGAACCGAGGAGAUGCUGCCUGCUGACCCGUACCAGUCCCAGCACAUCAGGAUCCAGCACAGUUUUGUCCAGGAACAUUUCCAGGCACAGUACAAGUCUUCACUGACGUGUCCCCACUGUUUAAAACAGAGCAACACCUUUGACCCCUUCCUCUGUAUCUCUCUUCCGAUUCCUCUUCGCCAGACGAGGCCAUUGUGUGUGGUUCUGGUGUUCAGCACCAAAGGCCAGCGGUAUCUCCGAGUCGGACUUGCAGUGCCUCUGUUUGGUUCAGUGGCCUGCCUCAGGCGGAUGGUGGCAGAUGAGGGCAAAAUCUCCCCCGACCAGGUUAUCCUGACCGAGAUUUACUCCACAGGGUUUCAGCGUUCCUUCUUUGAUGAGGAGGAUCUGACCAACAUAGCUGAAAAUUAUGUCAUCUAUGCCUUUCAGGCUCCGCCCCUCUAUAUCAGAGGAGGCUCUGCAAGAAUCUCAGGGUACCAUCACAGCCUACCAUGUUCUCCAUACUCCACUGGCCCUGAAGGUCAAAGGUUACCCUCGUGUGGGACAUUGUCAUCAGAAUUUCUCAACCACGGUGUCCCCCUAAAGAUUCUGCUGCUGGUGUGCAAUGCUGUCGGAGCGGGUCAACAGGCUGUGAGGUUUGGACCUCCAUUCCUAAUGAGGGAGGACCGGUCUAUUUCCUGGGACCAGCUGCAGCAGAGCAUCCUCAGCAAGCUUUAUUACCUGAUGAUCAAUGGCGCUCAGGCACAGAAUACCAGAGUACUGUUUAACAUCCGUGUGGUGGGAGGAUCAGCUUUCUACAGCUACCUGUCUCCUCAGGACCCGCGGCCGCUCUACCACCCAGCUGUCGACAGAGCUCUGAAGCUGUGCGGCUCAGGAGGACCUCCACACGUGAAGCUCAUCAUCGAGUGGGAACACAGAAUCAAAGACUGCCUGUUCGGUAACAUUCACGAGGAAGUGGUGAAGGAUGCAGAGAGCGUGAGGAAUCAGCAGCAGCAGCACAUCCAACAGUACAGCUGCACUUUGGAUGAGUGCUUCCAGCUCUACACCAAAGAAGAACAGUUAGCCCCAGAUGAUGCUUGGAAGUGUCCCCACUGUAAGCAGCUGCAGCAGGGCAUGGUGAAAAUGAGCUUGUGGACACUCCCUGACAUCCUUAUACUGCACCUGAAGCGCUUCAGACAGGUGGGGGAACGCAGGAACAAGUUGACCACAUUUGUGCAUUUUCCUCUGGCGGGCCUGGACAUGACGCCUCACAUGGUGAAUCCAAGUUACGGCUCCCAUCAGCACACUCUGCAGUCUUCCUGGAAGAAUUCCCGGCGAGCUGACCUAGGUCAUCCCGACUUCUUGUACGAUCUCUAUGCUGUGUGCAACCACCACGGAGGAAUGCAUGGUGGACAUUACACAGCCUUCUGUAGGAACUCUGUUGACGGUCAGUGGUACAGCUAUGACGACAGCAGCACUGAGUCAGUUCCAGAGGGGGGUGUUUGUACACGUGGAGCCUACAUACUCUUCUACCAGAGACAAAAUGCCAUUCCCCCAUGGUCUGCUAGUUCCUCUGUCACCGGCUCCACUAGCUCAUCCACCUCUGACCACUGGCUGGUCCGGCUGACAGGAGACAGUAAGUGCAGCAACCAGAGUUCUGGAGUGUCCAUCCUUGGGCCCCAAAGACCCACACAGGUCCCAGAGUCUCCUGAGUUGCCUGUUUUUCAAGAAGAAUCCACCAAACCAGUAAAAACAAAUGGGUUUGAAGCAAAGCCGUUUGUCCGUGGGACUCAAGGUAGAAGUGUAAGCAUGAGAUCACCAACUAAGACCAAGGAGAGUUUGAGCAAAGGCUUGCCAUUACGUUGGUCCUUUCGCUCCAAAGACCGUAUUAAGCAUUCAGUCCAUACCCAGCCUGGAGAGCUAGUGGAGUACCUGGAGUCCGGUCGCCGGCCACGAUGCACCAAAGAGCCCAUUGUAACUCUUGUGGCAACCCCACCACUAAGGACCACCAAGGCGAAAGCAGUGGAAGGACAGGACUGUAGCUCACCCAGUGACAGCAGCCUCAGUUGUACAGACAGACUCAGCUCAGAUGUAUGCUACUCCCCCAAAAUACCAGAAGGGCAGAGCAAACCUUUAUCAGACAGAAGUGUGAGCCAGAGAGUUGAUACCAGCAGCAAUGUCAAAGCUAGGGAUGAUGGUUCACUCGGGCGGAGAUCAUCAAAGAGAGUAAGCCGGGAUCAGGGCAGGACCCUGGACUUUCCAUCCCAGAGAGGUGGUAUUUUAGGGGGUCAUGUCAGCCACAGUGCACCUCCAAGCAGAGAGUCCACACUGAGAAGCAUAAAGGUCAAAACAGACAUGACAUCCAAAGCACAACAUGACAUUUUCGAGAUGCGUGCGCCACCUGUGGAGAGGAGAGAGCAAAAGGGGCAAGAGGGUCUGAGCCAGGACAGCCUCUUAUCUUUUUUCAAACCUGGUUUUAUGAAGAAAGACAGUCCAAGGACUCCAAGCAAAGGGAAAGAUAAACACACGAAUGUCCAUGAGCAAGUGGAAAAGAUAUCAAGCAGUAAUUCUGACAAAGUGUCACUCCGUGAUGGAACCCUGAAAACUUUGGCAGUAGAAGAUAAAAGAGAUGUUGUCAUCACUAGCUGUGAAACCCAAAACUGCAAAGCACAGCUAGUCAAUGGAAAGGCCGGGAAUCACGACCCUGUGGACAUUAAGCGUGCUCACAGCUCCACCAACAUCCAGAGUAAGCUGGAUUUGACAUUUCGCAGGUGUGCCUCCUUGCAGCGGAAUGGCGACAUAGUGACGCCCCCGUCUCACCACACCCAGCUGUCAGACAAGCCCAGCUACACCACUCUGCAGCGGACGAGAUACAGUACCACCUCCUUGGUGCCUCUGUGACAGCCCUGAAUGACCUUUGAACCCAGAACCUCCUGCUGAUUAUUACACAUUGCACCUGGAGAAGCAGCCAGCAGGAAACAUCACAAGAAAGAAAGUAUCUUGUCUCUCAAUCAUCGUACUGUUGUGUGUUUUCAACGGUGUUUGUCUUAAAUGAAAUCUAUGCAGAAGUGAAUUACUAAGGAAAAAAAAAACUAAACAAAAAAAACUGCUGUAUUGUUGUUUUCUAGCAGUUGACUGUCACACAUAGUUUUAUUUUUGACUUUUUAUUGAUUGGUAUUUCAAUGAGAGGUUGGAUUAAAGGACUGUUAGAUUUCUAUU